GCGUCGCCUUGGAGACCAGCUAGCUGUGCGGGGAGGGAACUACAUUUCCCAGCGACUCCGGUGCGCGCGGCCGGGUGCGGCGCGGGGGGCAAGUGCACCAGGCCCGCUGCGCAGCCGGCUCCGCUCCCCGCCGUGCUGGCCGCCCGCCCCGGCCUCCGCCUGGGGAUGAGGUGGGAGGCGCUAGAAGCCACUUAGCUACAGCCUGGCGCCCGAUGCGGCGCUCGCUCGCUGCCCCCGCCACCGAAGCGCCGGCCAGGCACAAUGCAGCACUGAGGCAGCGACGGCUGCGGCAGCGGCAGCGGCACGGGCUGGAAAGGGGCGGCCCGGAGCCCGAGCCCAGGGCCGGGGCAAGAGCAGCCGAGAGCCGCCACCAUGCAGGCAGCGACGGCCGCGUCCUUCUGGCUGCUCUGCGUCUUGGGGACCUGCCCCCUGGUGCGCUGCGGUCGGGCAGGAGACGCCUCACUGAGAGGACUGGAGAGGGGGGACGAAAACCGCUUCCUGGAGCGCCAGAGCAUCGUGCCACUGCGCCUCAUCUAUCGCCUGGGAGGCGAGGACGAAACUCAGCACGACCAGCUCAACACGCGGGUGCGGGGCGACCCUGGCGGACCGCAGCUGACUCACGUGGACAAGGCAAGCUUCCAGGUGGAUGCCUUUGGGGCCUCGUUCAUUCUUGAUGUGCUGCUGAACCACGAGUUGCUGUCCUCUGGUUAUGUAGAGAGACAUAUUGAACAUGGAGGCAAGGUUGUGGAAAACAAAGGAGGAGAACACUGUUAUUACCAGGGCCAGAUCCGCGGAAACCCUGUCUCAUUUGUUGCCCUGUCAACAUGCCACGGACUCCAUGGGAUGUUCUAUGAUGGGAACCACACAUAUCUCAUUGAGCCAGAAGAAAAUGAGAAGUCUCAAGAGGAGUCUCAUUUUCACUCCGUGUACAAAUCCAGACUGUUUGAAUUUCCCUUGGAUGACCUUCCAUCUGAAUUUCAACGGGUAAACAUUACUCCCCCCCAGUUUAUUUUGAAACCAAGACUAAAGCGGAGGAAAAGACAGCUUCUUCGAUUUGCUCGGCAUGUAGAGGAGGAAACCAAAUACAUCGAACUGAUGAUCGUCAAUGAUCAUCUCAUGUUUAAAAAGCACCGGCUUUCUGUUGUAUAUACAAACACCUAUGCGAAGUCUGUGGUGAACAUGGCAGAUGUGAUCUAUAAAGACCAACUUAAAACUAGGAUAGUAUUGGUUGCCAUGGAAACCUGGGCUGCUGAUAACAAGUUUGCCAUAUCUGAAAACCCACUGGUCACUCUGCGUGAGUUCAUGAAAUACAGGAGGGAUUUUAUCAAGGAGAAGGCUGAUGCGGUUCAUCUUUUCUCGGGCAGUCAAUUUGAGAGUAGCCGGAGCGGGGCAGCUUACAUUGGUGGGAUUUGCUCGCGGCUGAGAGGAGGAGGCGUGAAUGAAUUUGGAAAAACAGACUUAAUGGCAGUUACACUUGCUCAGUCAUUAGCCCACAAUAUUGGUAUUAUCUCAGACAAGAGAAAAUUAGCGAGUGGUGAGUGUAAAUGUGAGGACACCUGGUCCGGGUGCAUAAUGGGAGACACUGGCUACUAUCUCCCGAAAAAGUUCACUCCGUGCAAUAUUGAGGAAUAUCAUGACUUCCUGAACAGUGGUGGAGGCGCCUGCCUGUUCAACAAGCCUUCCAAGCUUCUCGAUCCUCCUGAGUGUGGAAAUGGCUUCAUUGAAGCUGGAGAGGAGUGUGACUGUGGCACCCCUGCAGAAUGUGCUCUUGAAGGGGCAGAGUGUUGUAAGAAGUGCACCUUGACCCAGGACUCUCAAUGCAGUGAUGGUCUCUGUUGUAAAAAGUGCAAGUUUCAGCCUCUGGGGACCGUGUGCCGAGAGGCAGUGAAUGACUGUGACAUUCAUGAAAUAUGUUCAGGAAAUUCAAGCCAGUGUGCCCCCAAUGUGCAUAAAAUGGAUGGAUACUCAUGUGAUGGUACUCAGGGAAUUUGCUUUGGAGGAAGGUGUAAAACCAGAGAUAGACAAUGCAAAUACAUCUGGGGGCAAAAAGUGACAGCAUCUGACAGGUACUGCUAUGAGAAACUGAACAUUGAGGGGACCGAGAAGGGCAACUGCGGGAAAGACAAAGACACGUGGACACAGUGCAACAAACGGGAUGUGCUUUGUGGUUACCUUCUGUGCACAAAUAUCGGCAAUAUCCCAAGGCUUGGAGAGCUUGAUGGCGAAAUCACAUCCACAUUAGUUGUGCAGCAAGGAAGAACAUUAAACUGCAGUGGAGGGCAUGUUAAGCUUGAAGAAGACGUGGAUCUCGGUUAUGUGGAAGAUGGGACGCCCUGUGGCCCUCAAAUGAUGUGCUUGGAACACAGAUGUCUUCCUGUGGCUUCCUUCAACUUCAGCACUUGCUCCAGUAGUAAAGCAGGCACUGUGUGCUCAGGAAAUGGAGUUUGCAGCAAUGAGCUCAAGUGUGUAUGCAACAGGCACUGGACAGGUGCCGACUGUGGCACCCACUUUCCUCACAACGAUGAUGCAAAGACUGGCAUCACCCUGUCUGGCAAUGGUGUUGCUGGCACUAAUAUUAUAAUAGGAAUAAUUGCCGGUACCAUUUUAGUGCUGGCCCUCAUAUUAGGAAUAACUGCCUGGGGUUAUAAAAACUACCGAGAACAGAGACAGUUACCCCAGGGAGAUUAUGUAAAAAAGCCUGGAGAUGGUGACUCUUUUUAUAGCGACUUUCCUCCUGGAGGCAGCACAAACUCAGCAUCUAGUUCUAAGAAGAGGUCAAAUGGACUCUCUCAUUCUUGGAGUGAAAGGAUUCCAGACACAAAACAUAUUUCAGACAUCUGUGAAAAUGGGAGACCUCGAAGUAACUCCUGGCAAGGUAACAUGGGAGGCAACAAAAAGAAAAUCCGAGGAAAAAGAUUUAGACCUCGAUCUAACUCAACUGAGAGGGAGCCCCAAGCACCCGAGCCUGGGCACUCCCUCGCCCAGACACUCCCAUCCCAAGGCAUAAGCCCAGGGGGCUCUGACAGCCCCCAGACAGGGAGUCAGGAUCACAGGUAUUUAAACCCAUGGUUCAAAAGAGACUAUAAUGUAGCUAAGUGGGUAGAAGAUGUGAAUAAAAACACUGAAGGACCGUACUUUAGGACCCUGUCACCUGCCAAGUCUCCUUCUUCAUCAACUGGGUCUAUUGCCUCCAGCAGAAAAUACCCAUACCCGAUGCCUCCACUUCCUGAUGAGGAGAAGACUGUCAACCGACAGAGUGCCAGGCUAUGGGAGACAUCCAUUUAAGAACAACUGUUUACAUGUGACACAUCGAAACUGUUUACUUCUACUUUUAUAGAAACCCAGCCACCUGCAAUCACUGCAAAUCUAUCUGCUCUCUGGAUGAUUUCAAGACCUGAGAUACCAGAGGAGAGGAAGCCACGGGUCAUACCUGGACACCAUACUUUUUUUUGUCAUUAAGGUUUAACCAAAUGGUAAAAAGUAUUACUGGAAUGUCACACUACAACAUGGAACCAUUUAUGGUCUGGUAUUGGUAUGUUAAUGGAUAAUCUGCAUGACAGAAAUAUGUAGAAUAUCAAUAAAAUAAACUCCCAUGACCCAAGUUUAGCAGGUUUUCCUGAGGGACAGAAGUGGAUUCAGAACGGAGCAUUCUGAAACACAUCCUCAUUGCAAACAGUAACGCUAUAUGCAUGAAGCUUCUGUUUAUUGUUUUCCACAUACAAGGAAACAACAUGUCAUAAUAGAAACUAGCAUGCAGGGGCUAAGGCAUAUAGGAUUUCUCUGCAGGACUGCAGGACUGUAAAGCUUUGAGAGGCCAGUAUCCCAUACGCUAUCUUUAAACAUGUAUUUUUAUUUUAUUUUUUACUUUUCAUAUUUAUAUUAGCAUACAAGGACAACUGUACAUAUGUAAACAUUUUUAAAAUUUAAAAAGUAACUGUUACACAUAAGUGUAUUUUUGCCAAAUGCCUACAAACAGUCAGUCAGUCACAGUUCUAUCAUUGUCCUCCAUCCUGCGUCUUCGGAGUAUAAGUGGAUGAUAAUUGUAAAUAGAGUGGUCAGUGCUGUAAAAGUAUCUCUCCAUAACUGGUGUUUGUCUGAAACAUGUGAUUUCCUUUCAAAGUGUGUCCAGUCUGGAAGAGGUUUUAUUGAGUAAGAGCGAAAUGCUCCAACUUCUAGCUUCUGCUUCUUGCCGAAGGAGCAGUCCAGAUGGGCGGUAGCUGUGAAGCUUCAGGACCCCCUGGAGCUGACAGGCUCUCUGGGAAUCUGCCAGCCUAUCCACUCCACAUCUAAGACACAUGGUGCCUGUCACAGUAGCUGUUCUCAAUCAGUACCAGGGCAUAUCAGUUAACUUAACCGGAGGCCAUGGAGUCCCCUCCUCUCUAGAAAGUACCUUCUGUGAUUGGCCAGAUGCACCAAGGACAUGGACCAGAGAGUGGAGAGCUCCCCCUUGACCAAAGCCUGAGCCUUGUCUGAUCUGAAGUUUGGGUUCCUGGACAGAAUCCUUUCAGCCAUUCUUAUCUGUGAAAGGAAUGACUCGCUUCCACAAUUUUAACACGUUUCAUCACUGGGAUGUAAGUCCCAGCAGGUCAUUCUGUCUGGCUUUGAACAACAUGGUGGAUGGAAGCCUGAGCAAGGCAUAAAAGAUGAAAUAAAGCCUAUGGCUACCACGAUGCAGCAACUGCAAAGGUAACCAUAAGCCUGUAAAGGAAAGAGCCUGGGGUUUGAGCCCUAUAACUUUUGAUCCAAAAAAAAAAAAAAUGUUCUAUGUGAAAUCUUGUCAUUUAAAAUGAAACAUUAAUAGCUGUUUCAAUGCAAUGUUGUCAUGCAAAGAGAAAGCCCCUCUAGUGACAUCUGAAGUUGGUAGGCUCAAUCAUGUGACCUGCUGUGAAACACACUUCUGAUUUCUCACUUCUCCUUGCUGUUUUAUGUGAGGAAUGGAGUCAUCAGACAAGAACUCAGAAAUGGACUCUACAUUUGAUUUCUUCCAGAAGUAUCCAGGGACACAAUUUGUACCAUCUCUGUGUAGAAUUGUCUUAGAUACCCAAACUGAAGAGCCAGACUAGGAGGCAGAGGUGAACUCAGUUCAUGUCUUUUGCAAUGGUCCACUCUUCUAAAGUACUAUGAAGGUGUUAGAAAACAAAUUUAAUCAAAAUUUUAGACAAACUUAUACAGUGAAAAACUUUUUUCCUGUCAGGCAAGGAUAUAGGCUGCUGAUGGCCCAAUAAAGCAGUCUCAGACAAUGGCAUAGAUGAGUGUUGAACAAUGUCUCCACAUAGUGUAAGGUAAGGCUGGGAGGGCAGACAGGUGACAGAUGAAAGAGAUGUAGCAAAUGAAGUGACUUUUGAACAAGAACACUCUAAAUGUGCACUGAAUGUUUCUUGGUAUUGAGUAUAUAAAAGGCUAAUGUAAUAUAAGGUUUAUUUUGACUACAGAAAAAAAGAGUUUAUAGCUUUGAAUGAAAGGUGCCUCAUGUAAAUAUGCUUUGUAGUUAUAGUUAGUUACAUAAGCCCUAACUCGAAAGAAUUCACAAAUGGUUAGCUAGUGAAGUGAUUAUCUGUCUACCUACCAGUCUUUCUUUACCUUCUCAAUUGUUUUUACCUGGAGUUAUUGAAAAUUAAAAUCAUUAUCACGUGCCUUUUGGGAGAAUGGUUGCUCUGGCUUGUAAUUAUGUUCAGAUGAAAUGAGAGGAAAAGGUUUUGCUUAACUUGCAAAGUGAUUUUAGAAAUAAAAUAAGCUUUAAUGUUCUAGUCUAGGUUUCUAUCUCCCAUGUUUAAACAUUCUUAGAACUGUUUUUGAAAUUUACAGACUUUAGUCUUGAUGGGUAGCUUCAAGAAGUAUGUAUCCUUCCAUUUAACUAUGUAUGACUUCAUUCACUGAGGUAGAAUAGACUCAUGGAAUCAAAUCCAAGCACAGUGAUUAUUUUGUUCUUAAAUGUCUAUUUUGAAGAGGAACUUUGAAGCUCCAUAGCGGUUUGAAUCAUGCAACUAGUUAUUCAUACUUCUCACUGUGCUGUGGGAUCAUCACUACACAGAGAAGGGCAGCUAUGUGUUUGUUCAUUAGAUGCCGUUUCUCUCUCAUAAACUUGGCAUUAGUAGGACUGCAGAUAGUCCAGAUGCCUGGGAUGUCCCAUUAAGCAGAUCAUUUCUGUUCCAAUGAAAAGGGACAUUCAAGUCUUUCCACUGUGUUAGCCGGGGAGGCCUGCAGCAGAGACUCCUUAAAGAAUGAACUGGCCAGACUCAGUCUUCCUGGCCACUUUCCUUAGAUAGGAAGUCCUCCUCCAAGGUCAGCAAGAUAGAAAAUUACUUCAGUCACAACAGUGUGCAAAGAGAAAUCAAUGCUGCAUGAAGCAUUGAUGGCACAGCAUGAAGAUUCUUAGUGCUCUGCGUUACUGGGGACAGGAAACCAGGGCCUAGGACGUUGUCUUAGCAGGUAAGAGAGGUGCUCUAUUUCAGGAGGUGGUGGUUUCUUCUCCUUCUGGCUUCACAAGGCUUUUAAAAUAAUGUUUGCACAGGUCAGUCCAAUGUAGUCUUUAUAUGCAUGAGAGAUUGGUGUUAGUCUAAGAGAAGCCACCGAGAAGAUAAAAUUGAAUAUUCUCUGCCCUCCAGGGGUGUGUGUGGGGGGUUGGGGACUGCUAGGUUUUCCAGGACGAUCCACCUUGCGUAUCUGCCUGACUUCAUCCUGUCCAUUGCCCUAGACUUACUGUAGCUACUUUACCUGUUGCCCUUUUCGGACUUCGUCCCUCUUUUUGGGUACCUUUAAGCGAGGAAAAGUGUGAUAUCUCUGCUUGUUUCUUUGUGGAUUUCAGAGUCAAGUCUGUACGUUUCACUGUGUGACUUCUCUAUUGUCAUAGUUCCCUCUUAACCUUAGAUCUGUACAGUGCUUUAGAGAAGGACUUUCUAUCUUAGGAAAGGAAGGCUGUUUGGCAGGUUGCGCCAUAUAAAGAGAGGGGGACAGAGUUUGGAACUGAUGGGAGUAAGAAGCAAGACACCUAGCUGCACAGCCACGCAGGGCGCAGCUGGCUGUUGCUGCUGGCUGCCGUGUCUGGGGCAUUCUCUAACGAUCUGACCAGCAGCAACUUUGCUUGAGCAUCGAGACACCUGGACUCCCGUUAGCAGCACAUUUUCUACUAUUUAUGCUCCUAAUGGUCUCUUUUGUUGGUUCUCUUCUAUAGCUGUCACCUGCUUCCCUUCUCCCUCCCCAAAGGCAGUCAAGUCGAAUUUUUCUUAUUCCACUAGCUUUCUAUGACAAGCUGAUCUUUCUGUGGAAGAGGGUUUAAUUGGAGGCUCGAAUACUUAGUUUCCUCUGGUGGGAUAGUUAAGACUACUCUGACUUCAGAGGCAGAGUCCUUUCGUUGGGCACUGGAGAACUGGGGACUGGGGUUCUAGAUUCUCCUUUAUUGUAUAGUAAAGGAUUCAGCCGGCAUUUGUGAGAGCCAGCUGAGUCAGCAGCCUGUCGGGUCGUGUGUGAGCAGCAUGCUGUAAGAGUGUCUUGGGUGCUUGCUGUUGGCACUGGCUUACAGCAUAUGCUCUGUGGGGCAGGCACUUUCAGCUCCGAGUUUUCCUACCACACCUGCAGGUACAGAACAAAAUUGUCCCGGAUUUGGAGAGCAGAAGGUAGCAUUUUUCAUCCCUAUUUUAUGUAUGGUUUUGCUGGUUCUCAAUGUGGAACAUCUAAAGUCAGGCAGCAGAAACUCAAAACUUAUAAGACCAUUAUCAGUUGUACCUCUGUCUUUCAAAUCCAUGGCCUUAUGGAGCAGUACCAUUGCUAUUGUAUUUGAUAGCUGCAUUUACCACCUUCCUACUUGAUCAGAAGCAUCCCCUGUCAUACAGGCCAGGGCCGCCUUUGGUUAGAAUGAGAAUUAGGAGGGCAGGGAGGUUAUCUUUCAUUUCCUUCUGACAUGCUGGUUUGAUUGUGCACCUUGGAAAGUCACUAAGAGAUAGGUCUCAGGGUAUAAAUCUCAGGAAGCGAAUAAGCAGCACAGAGUUUUGAGAGAUCCUGGGUCAUUUAGUCCCAGCCUAGGAGCACAGUGGACAUCCCCUUAAAGCAUGUAGAAGAGCUCAACACGGCCACUGGAUAUGCUGGAGGGAACUUCUGCUACCAAGAGCAGACGUGUGCGCUGCGGUUUUCUGGAGUGUUCCCUCUGGGAGUAUUUUACUAUCCUGUGUCCCUUGCAUUGUUCUCAGACCUGCAUCACUGGGAGGGGCUUCAGAAGUGGCAGGCAUGUCGGUCACAAGUAGCCCCUGGGAUCGAAUCCAAGCAAACUGUACUUUAUUGUUUCACUUUACCAAAAGGGUGUAUGGUGAGACGAAGGAAUCUUGUUAAUAAACACAAGGCCACCAGUUCCUGUGUUUGUGAACUAGUCUCCCCUACAUGUAUGAAGAUACAUGUAUGCACAUUCUGCAUUCAACUUAUGACAUUUUGGGACAAGAUUUGUUUUGAUCGUUGGGUUUUAAAAUAAUGCAGAUAUCCCAAAUCUUUAAAUAUAGCGGUGCUAAGUUUUAUUAGAUAACACAAUACAGAAAGUGCUGAAAUGAAUUCAGACCCUUCGGAGUAACACAAGGGUUCUUGUUAAAUUAUACACGUGUAUCACUGCCUGAUUUGAAACCCCACUUUUCCUUUCUAAUCCAGCACAAUAUCAAACUGUGAUUCUAUAACUUGUCUUUUUAAUGGCUACAAAUAACCCAACAUCUUCUUUUUAUGGAAAACUUUUCUUUUUAACACUAAUUGCAAAGUGCUUAGCCAAAGGUUCCUUCUGGAUAACAGAGCAUUAUUAUUAUUAUUAUUAUUAUUAUUAUUAUUAUUAUUAUUAUUCCUCCUUCAACUUGUUGGAAGACUUGCCCCUCCAAAUGAGCAUUUCCAAAAGACAGUUUUCAGAAACUUCACAUUUCACCUAAUGAAAGCUGUUCAUAUGUUAGUCUGCAGUAGGUCUCUGCCGGUGUUUCCCAUGUUCAUAGCCUCCAGGGGGUGAUGCCCAUCUGCAGAUGUUGGAAACCACCCCCUGGGGACCUGUGAAUAGCAUCAGUGUGGUUCACUUUGGGUAACUGGGUACUCAUGUGUAUAUACUUAGAUUUGCAUCAUUCAAACCUCGUCCCUGCUUCUCCGCACGAACGCACUGCACUUCCAGAUCUUAUGCUAUUUUAAAAUUCACUGGGUUUUGGUAAACACCAACAGAAAUGUAAAUGAUGAUUGCUUUCCUGAGCAGGCGUGAUUUGUUUUAUGGCUGUUUAAGUUAUAAAGUUGUUCUCAUAUUGUAGGUGAAUAAAAUCUUGCUGUUUUUAAAGGUCACUGUAACUUGAGAUUAAAAUUUCUGGCACAAUUUUAUGAGUGUUCACUUCUGAAGCUAAUAAGAUAACAGAGUUUUCUAUGUUACUCUCACUGUAACAUCGAUAAAGUGACUUUCAAUAAAAGAUUUCUGUUAUUUUGAUGCA